AUGAAUCCUGCUACUGUUUAUCCGACUCUUCAUGUCAAAGACAGUGAUCUCAAAGGUGUUAGCAGUAGAAGCAUUACUGGGGAGGCAGAUGAGGAAGAAACUUCAGCCAAAAACGAAUUAUCCACCUUUGCAGCAGAAGUCAGCAUUCUGGGAUUGAAACAAUCCGCUAACCCGCGAUAUUCGUACGCAAGGCGCGCUGUUUGGCUUUGCUUCGUUUUGGCAGGAUUUGGAGGUCUGGUUUACCACCUUAAAGACAGAAUUGAUUAUUACCGGUCCAACCCAGCAACAGUCAAUAUUGAGAUCAUUCCGAAUGAUACACUGGUGUUUCCAACGUUAACUCUUUGCACCAACAGUCCAUUUAAAGCCAGUAGCUUGAAAGCCAAUAACGAGACUGAAGUUGGAAGCCUUUUCGAUCAGGUUUUGAAUGUUUCAGCAGUUAAUUGGACAAGAUACGAUUUCACUCAUACCAACUGGACGGACUUCCAUAUGCGGAAUGGUUUCCAAGUGAAAGACGUAUUCAUGUCGCUGAAUCUCCAUAACCCAGAGGACCGUCCAGACGGUAAUACAGGGAUUCUCAUCCCCCCCGGGGGGUUUACUAAUAUCGCCCUUAAACUUAAGCAUUUGGUGAAUCUUCCGCCUCCUCACGGGAAAUGUGGUGAGAGACCUCUGGCUUACUACAAGAAGUACAGUAAAACAAACUGUCAGACAGAGUGCCUGCACAACCUCACCUUAACGCGAUGCCAUUGCCGUCUAACAUUCUACCCGUAUGUUCCCGGGUUCAGAGAUUGUUCCCCAAAAGACCGAAAACUCUGUGUGGACCCACUGACCUUCCUGAACAGAUCACAGCUUCACCGUCAAUGUGGCUGUAAAGUUGCGUGUGAGACGUUCAAGUAUGAAACCAGUUCAACCUAUACUAAACUAUCGGAGAGCACUUUUGAAAAUGUCCAGGAAUGGAACAUGUUACAAGAGAGGCUGGAGGAUUUUAUCGGUGUGCUCAUAUUCUAUCCUGAUAUGUCAUACGAGGAGGUAGUACAACAGGAGGCCUACAGCACGUUGGCACUACUGGCGGACAUCGGCGGUGCCCUUGGCCUCGUUUUGGGCAGCACGCUGAUGACCUUGGCCGAAAUUUUGGAUUUCUUUUUUGGGUUAUGUGUUUGGAAGGCUUUGGGUGUUAGAAUCUGA